UGGCUGACCAACAAACCAAAACCACCUUCAUAAUCUUCCCUUCAAGCCAGCUCUUCAUCAUCAUACCCAAACUAACAUGAACAACACCACCGUCGGCCCCGUCCCCGACGCCUCCGGCGGGUUUUUAGGCUCUGGACACAUCGGCGGUUUCGGCUACGGGAUCGGAGUCUCCGUCGGAAUUCUCUUGCUCAUCACAACCAUCACCUUAACGUCAUAUUUCUGCACCAAAAACCACGCCGCCGACUCCACGAUGACGAGGCGGCCGCCGAGGAACAAUGCGGCGUCGGCCGCCGGGCAAGAUUCUCAGAACUGCGUGGUGGAGAUUGGGUUGGACGAGGCAACGUUGUUGAGCUAUCCGAAGAUGUUGUUCUCCGACGCCAAAGUCAACCACAAGGACUCCACGGCCACCUGCUGUUCCAUCUGCCUUGCUGACUAUAAAAAUUCGGAUAUGCUAAGGUUGUUGCCGGAUUGCGACCAUCUUUUUCACCUCAAAUGCGUUGACCCUUGGCUCCGGCUCCACCCCACUUGCCCCGUCUGCCGGACCUCGCCGUUCCCGACCCCGCAGUCAACGCCGCUGGCUGAGGUUGUCCCCCUUGCCAGCAGACCAGGCGGCUAAGUCAUUCUGAUUUACCCAUUCACUAUCCACUCCAGACCGUGAGAGCCGCAGUCAACGCCGCUGGCCAAGGUUGUCCCCUGGCCAGCAGACUGGCGGCUAAGUCACUGAUUUACCUCUUCGGGUAAUGUGAUGAUCUUUUUCUCCAGAAUUUCCUGUGUCUAUAGGUGUUUUUUUUGGGAUCAAAUUA